UUUUUGGAGGUUGGGAGGAGCAACAGAGGAGGAAGGAACAAAGCUGAUAUAAAUGCACACACAAGCAGAGGAAGAUAUUUUCUUGCUUGGAUCUCAUACACACACAUAUUCACACACUCACACACACACAUUCACAAUGAAGUUGGUGUUCCUGCUCAGUGCAUCUGUUCUCGUCUGUUUUGUUGCGCUCACGGCAGCUGAUGACAGCACCACACCCCGAAUGGUGAACUGUGAGAAGUAUGAAACCGAUGCGUGUACACGGGAACUGAUGGAAUUGUGCGGUGAUGAUGGGAACACGUACUCCAAUGAGUGUACGCUGUGUGUGGCGAGCAGGUAUGAGAACAAGGUCAUCAUGGUGGUGAAGAAUGGAAGGUGCUAACCUGCGUAACAUCUUUUGUGGUUAAUUUUCCAUUUUUAGCAGGAGAGCUAUGAGGAAAUGCCUCAAGCUACACAUAAAUAUGCAAAAAAAAAAAAAAAUACAAAUAA